UGAUGGCCCGCUCGCAUGAUAGACGCUUUGUGUCGCAAGAUGACUAAUAGUGAUCAUGUCAUCAAAAUCAACGUUCCGACAAACGCGUCCCCUCUCACAAAGUAUGCAACCACUCGAUAAUCAAAUCUGCCGCACACACUGCGUAAAUAUCUCAGCCGGCUCAUGCGUACUUCCUAGACAGCUAUAAAGACCACUCCAGCUUCCUGCGGUCUAUCGUCAAUCCAGAAUCUCAGAACCUUUAUCAGAAUGUCUAUUCGAGCCACUACGUCUCUCGGCGGUACUGCAUCUAACGUUACUGUCGGUAAAGUAGCUCAUGGAUUGAUGAUGAUGACAUGGGCGCCCGAGCCAGUCCCAGAUGAACAAUGUUUUGAAGCUAUCAAGGCUGGCGUGGACGCCCUUCCUCCUGGAACAAAGAUGUUCCUUAACGGAGGGGAAUUCUACGCGCAUGACUUAACGACCACGAACCUCGAGAUGAUCGCCCGGUUCUUCGAGAAGUACCCCGACUACGUAGACAAGACUUUCUUGUCCAUCAAGGGAGGAGUAAAGCCUGGCACACUGGUGCCGGAUGGCUCGCCCGCCAACUUGAGACGAAGCGUUGAGCUCAUCAAUGAGAAGCUUCGCGGCACCAAGCGCCUUGAUUUGUUCCAGAGUGCACGUGUAGACCCCAAUAUUCCUUUGGAAGAAUCGAUCAGGGCUCUUGUGGAACUCAAGAACGAGGGUAAACUAGACCAUAUUGGCAUGUCUGAAUGCAGCGCUGACACCCUGCGGCGCGGUAAUGCUGUACACUCCAUUGCUGCUGUCGAGAUUGAAGUCAGCCCAUGGGAAUACGGAGAGGAGGCCAGAAAAGUCAUUGCCACUGCCGAAGAGCUAGGCGUUGCUGUUAUCGCAUACUCCCCGCUUGGUCAUGGGUUUUUGACUGGUCAAAUCAAGAGGCUUGAGGACAUUCCAGAGGGAGAUUUCCGCCGCUCAAUGCCUCGUUUCCAGGAAGAUAACUUCAAACACAACUUUGCCAUUGUCGAUGCGUUGACUGCGAUUGCGAGGAGCAAGAAUAUAACUUCUGCUCAACUCAGCAUCGCUUGGGUUGCAUCGCUGGGCAAGCACGUCAUCCCUUUGCCAGGUUCCUCGCAUGCAAAGCGCACUCGAGAGAAUUGUGCUGGAGGAGAUGUCGAGUUGUCUACUGAAGAUAUCACAGAAAUCAACAGUGUUAUCGGCGCUGGCGCAGCCAGGGGUGGCAGGUAUACCCAUGAAGCAUAUCUCUGGGGUUAGAUGGCUUCUUGAUUCUAUUUGGCUAGUUGGACCACUCAAAUUGUACUUUUAUUUGCCUUUGGACCGUCUGACUUCAAACAAAUCAUUCCGCUUCUUGUACGUAAGGUACCUCAGGUCCUUAUGCCUUUACUGUUGGGAAGAGCAAACUGCGUGCAUAAAAUUUGUG